AGCAUCAUGAUGAAUAAUUAUUAUUCUGUUGUAUGUGUGCAUUGGCUAUAAUUUUUUUUUCCUUCAAAAUUUCGGGUGCAAUUCUCAUUUGGACACAACGCACACACACACCUGGACUUUUCAUGAAUUUUAUCUAUGAUGAUUUUUCCAUAAUACGUGUGUGUGUGUGUGUGUGUAUUAGUACACAUAAACACCCAUCAUCGGUGAUAUGGUCGAAUGAUUUUUCAUUCUCUAGACAAAUUUUUUUUUCGGUGUGUGUUUUUAAUUUUGUCAUCAUUCGUUCGUUCGUUUUGUUUUUUGGCUGAUCCACAACACAACGACAAAGCUUUGAUGAGCAUCAUUUUGUGUUUGUGAAUCAUCAUCAUCAUAAUCAUCAUCAUUGUGCUUUAACACAGGGAACACAAGUAAAAGUAAAAAGUGAUUUGGAUUCGUGAAAACAAAAUGGAAACAUCAGCUGAACGUAUUCGACAAGCAGUUCGUGAUGGUUAUCUGGAUAUAUUACGUAAUGCAACACGUAAAGAAUGUAAUCAUCAAGAUGAUGAUGGUAUGACAGCAACACAUUGGGCAGCAUAUAGUGGACAAUUGAAUGCAUUAAGAAUAAUUGUCGGUAGAGGUGGCGAUCCAGAAAAAUGUGAUUAUUUUGGCAAUACAUCAUUACAUUGGGCUGCACAGAAUGGCCAUUUGAAAUGUGUAUCAUUUCUAAUAUCAUUCGGUGUGAAUCUAUGGUCAAUGGAUAAUGAAUAUCAUAUGGCUAAAGAAGUGGCAGCAUUGAAUAAUCGUGAUAAAAUUGUCCAAUUAAUUGAUCAUGUUGUUGCACAACAAAGUGCAUUGAAUUCCAAGACUGUCAUAAAAUUAAAGGAAAAAGCACGUUUGGAAGCGGAAAAACGGAUAAAAUUAUUUCGAAAAAUGCAACAAAAAACCAUACGACAAGCGGAAAAAGAUGAACGUAAAAGAGUGGAAAAAAAUUUAAUGAAAAAAAAUUUUUGCCUCAUCAAUACAACAAUGGCCGGAUCGACAACAAUCAUUGAUAAUGAUCAACAGGCUGAUGAAUUAUUCAAUAUUUAUGAUACAUUGGAUAAAGCGGCAAAAAAUGGCCAACAUUCUAACAACAACAACAACAACAAUAAUGUUUUACCAAAAUUUUCCGAUCUUGUCAAUGGUAAUGGUGGUGGUGGUGGCGGUGGAAACGGAAAAACAUCCAUUACUAAAAUGCCAAAAAUUCUAUCAAAUGUCACACGUAAAGUACGUAUGACAAAAAAACAUGAUGAUAAUGACCAUGAUAAUAAUUCCAUCGAUACGAUAAAAUCAACAACGACCACCACAGCGAAAAAAGGAACAUGUCGUUCAAUACAAUCAAUGAUGAUGAUUGGUAUACGUCGUGAUGAUCAUAUUGUUUAUGUUCCGAAAUUUAAUUUUAGUGUAAAUGAUUUAGUUGCAGCAGCAGCAGCAGCAACUAGAAGUGAAUCUAAGAAAAAAGAUUCCACUGAUGAUGAUGAUUCAUCUUCAAACAACAAUGGUAUUGGUUCAAGAUUACCAUUAAAAAAUGUUUUCGAUUUUCAAUUACAGCAACAGCAAGAGAAGCCAGAAAGAUCAACUACGAAUAAUAAAUUGACAAGUACAUUCAAUAGAAAUCAUAUCAAGACAACGUUGAAAAAUAAAUUAUUCCGUAUGAAUAAAUUGGCCAACAACAACAACAACUCAACAACAUCGAAAACGAAACUGAUUCGUACAAGAUCGGAACCAGAUUUUCUUCAAAUUGAUUCGUUGUAUAAUAAAAUGAAUGAUGAUCAUGAAGAUGAUGAUAAAAAAAUCAAUAUGGAAACAAGCAGUAUAUUUGAAAGACCAGGAUUUGGAUCGGUUGCAUUUCGUGGAAAAUUUACACCUGAUUUAUUGUUUUCAACAACAUCCAAUCGAUAUUAUAAUCAACAUUCAGAUGUUGAUGAUGACGAUGUUGAAGAUGAUAAAGAAUCCAAAGAUUCAGGUCAAGAUCAUAAUAGCAAUGAUGAUGAUGAUGAUGACGAUAAUAGUAGUUUGAUAAAAAAUAAUCAUCAAAUAAUAUGGCAAGAACGUGACAAUAGUUUAACAAGUGAUAGUAUUGGUAGUGCCGGAAGUCUUUUAUUGAAUUAUUCCGAUAUUAUUGAUCAUCAUUCAGAUUUUGUUGUUAUCGGCGGUGACGAUGAUGAUGGUGAAUAA